AUGCUACGCGAGACUAUGGAGGCCAUGCCCGUGUCUCCCACCUUCCUCAGGAUUCGUGUUAUUGCUUUCAGUCUUAUUGCUUUCUUGAGCUUUCUGUGGGCCAUUUUCUAUACGCUGGACAUGUACUGGCUCUUCGAUGGGAUGAAGGCUCCCGAGCGGAUCCUCAUUUCCCUCAUGCUGUUGAACAGCUCUGCGACUUGCAUAAUGCUUCUCGUACUAAUCACUCGCGAGUUUCGCCCUUGGCUGGAUGCCGCUCGUAUUCUCCUUCUCUUCACCACCCACAUCUGCUCGGCUGUGGGAUACUCACUAUGGUACCCUACCUAUGUCUGUCCUGCUGCAAAAUCAGCAAAUAUGUGUCGCAUGUUCAACCUCUACAUCCUUGUCAUCAACUGGGUGGAUAUCGUCUUGCUCCUCUUCUACGCUGGGGGCUUGGCCACGCUCGUGUUCGUACGCCGUCGGGCAAUGCAGCGAGAGGCGCAGCAAGGCAUUCAUGAAAAGUUUGUCAUUGAUGCGCCCGACGCCACGGAAAUUGGGAGAGGCGACCUACUGCACACCACGUACAGUCCUCCCACUCUCACUCCUUCGUCUCGACACGCGCAUUCUCGAAGUAGCGCCAGUUCCUUCUUCCCCUACCCCCAGACCGCUACCCCGCAAUCCAUGUCUCCCCCUCAAAGCCGACACAGCUCCUUCCAAAGCUCUCACCACCACUCUGCUGGGAGCUCUCGACACAGCUCGACGCAGAGCUCUCGUCCCCACUCGAUCCAGAGCUCGCGUCCCCACUCGACUGAGAGCUCGCGCCAGAACUCGACGCAGAGCUCCCGCAGCCACUCCCGCUCUCGGACGAACUCUCGUACCCUUACCAUGUCCCCCAUCGUCGAAGAGCCCCGCCUGCCCGAGCCAGCUGUCAGCAAACCGGACCUGAGCCCUCGCUCGUCCGCUCGCCUCUCCCGGCCCCGUCACUUCAUGUAA